AUGAGCGACUCCCGUCCCAGAAGCGAAGACCCCGCCAGUCCCGCCAGUCCUGGCGACGCCACGCCUGGCACCACCGCAGCGUCUCCAUCGUCCAAGAACUUCUCCCGAACUCCCACCUCGUGGGACGCCGAGGACGAUAUCCUCCUCAUGCACCUCAAAGACUCCCAGAAGUUGGGAUGGAAAGAAAUUGCCAGCCACUUCAACAACAGAACGCCCAACGCCUGCCAGUUCAGAUGGCGACGCUUGAAGUCAGGCAACCUCAAGAACCCGCCAAAGUCGGCGUCUGCGUUGGGCACGCAGAUCAAUUCGAAGCCUUCACCGUCAGGAGCCGUUAAGAAGCCGAAAAAGGCGCCAGCGUCCGCAUUCAAGUCUGAGUCUGGCACUCUGGCACCACCCGCCCCAACUACGGGGUUCCCAGCCGCCUACUCGCCCAUCUCGAACGCCACGUUCACUGGCUAUGACAACAAUGUGUCUAACGCGUUGGCUGGGCUCAACGCGUUGUCCAACACCCCGUCCAACAUCCUGAGUCCGUUGCCCAACUAUAACACGAACCCCUCGACGCCAGGCCUCAACUCGCCAGGCGUGGGUGCCAACGGAGCCGCCUCGCACCUCAACCACUCCACCUACGAUGACUCGCCCAAGUCCGACGUCAUUCUCGACCCCCAGGCUCACAACAACGCUGCAACCAACACUGGUGGUGGCUAUUACGCUGACAUCUCCAUCGACCCCACCAUGAACUUGCCACACAACCAGCCGCAUCCUCACACUCCCCACGGCAUCACCCCUCGAAACUCGACUUCACACGGCUCGUCCAGCACCCAGACCACCUCCUCCAACGCACCGUCGUCCUCCCAGCAUCCGAACCUCCACAACAACUCGAUCAUCCAGAUCGUGCGUGACGACAGAGCAUCCAUCUCGUUGUCACGGGCAUCGGUGUCGUCGUUGCCGUCCAAGUCCAUGAACAUCCCCCACCACCAGCUGAACAAUAACGCGUUGGCGCAUUUGCCAAUCUUGUUCGGAAGUGGCAGUGUCAGCGGACCAUCGAGAAACCCAAGUAUAAGUGGCCCAGGUGGAAUCCAGCACUCCACCACGGUAUCCAGCUUGAGAAACGGCAGCGCUGGAGGCUCAGGCCCCGGCUACUACUCCAGAUCUGGUUCGGUGGUCAUACCUUACAACGCAGAGAAAAAGGACGAGGAGCCGCUAAAAUUUGAUAAAAAGAAGACAGAGUCUAAGACCAUCCACAAGAACAAGCCCAGUGCUUCGAGUGGUGCUUCCGCGUCGAAAAACCCCAACUCGCCCGUGUUCAAGAUCCCGUGGUCCAUGGACGAGGACGAGCUCUUGAUAAACAGAAGAAACAGGGAGCUCUCGUUUGCAGAGCUUUCCAUUCUCUUGCCCCAGAGGACGGAGGGCGAAAUCUGGUCCCGUAUAGACUAUUUGGAAAAAUUGCGAAACGGCCACAGAGCAUCCACCUCGAGGGACCACAGAAGACGGAGACAAUCGUCCAUAGGAUUGGAUGAUGUGGACGACUUCUACGACGAUGUGGACGACGUGAUCGGCGGCAUUGAUGUCAGCGAAGAUGAAGACGAAGACGACGAAGAUGAAGAGGUUCUCGUGGACGUGGAUGAUUCUAUGCCCAGAAAGAGAAGAAAAAGAAGAGCCAGUUCUGCUGUGAACCCGUUGGCAGUUGGCGAUUCCAUAAGAAAGAAACUCCGAUGA